UGUUAUUAUUGCUUUCGUCAGCCAAAAAUAAAAAUGUACAACGAUUAAGUAACGUUUGUCUUGUUUUGUCGCUUUUAGCUACGUGAAGUUACAUUCUUGGCAAAAGCUGUUGCUUAGCGUUAGUUGUUGUGAUGUACCUGUAUUGAAGUUUAGUCUAGUUAGCAUGUCUGCGCAAGCGCCGUGCGUGAAGCAGGAGCCGGCGGGUGAACAAGACCAGGGCGCGUGGUGCGUGAGGGACUUGCCAGCCUCGCUGUUCGCGGGCGAAGUGCACAUUAAAGAGGAUACAGAGCUCAAAGUCAAAGAAGCCGAAGUGAAUGAGAAGCUGUCAUGUGAAGAAAGUCAAAGGCCAUGCAUGAGCGAGGCAGACAUGGUGACCAAUCUGUUCAUGGACCACGGCAUGCAGGACGAGCCCUUGCUGAAACCAAAGCAUGUGCAGGCACAGGAAACGGCUUACAAACUUCAUGAGGCAGCCAUAAAGGGAGAACAGCAGGAGCUGAAAAACUGUACUGUAAGGCUCGAGCGCAUUGAUAAACUACUUAUCCACGUGUGUCCCAGCACAAAGGACCAUAUCCGCACCAUAUCCUCAACAUGUGUUAACAAGGAAACUGGCAUGAAAACUGAAACACUGGAUGACAGUUCUGCUACCAACCACGCUAUAGCGGUGAAGCUAGAACGCCUGCAGCUAAGAGACUGCUGCGUGAGGCUCGAACGCCUCCAACACCAAGAGGCGCUGCUUAGAUGCAACAUGGGGCCCGCCGCGCUCUACCAAUCACAAGCUAAGCGCGCCGUGUCUGGACCCUCUAAUUCGCGACACGAAGCAAAUACUAAUAAAAAUAACCCAGAGAUGUAUGCGUGUAACGAUUGUGGAAAAACGUUUCACCGAAAAUUUAACUUAAUACGCCAUAUUCAAAGUAACAUUUGUAAAACAGAGAGACCAUACUCUUGUCACACAUGCGGGAAAACAUUUAAACAAAAAAGCCAUUUGAAUACACAUACAUUUACUCACACGAGCGUAAAACCAUACGCUUGUGAAACAUGCGGGAAAAAAUUUAAACAAAAAAGCCAUUUGAAUACACAUACAUUUACUCACACUGGCGCAAAACUAUACGCUUGUGGCACGUGCGGAAAUAAAUAUAAACAUAAAAGUUAUUUGAAAAUGCAUGCAUUUAUUCACACUGGUGAAAAACCGUAUGCAUGUGAAGUAUGUAAAAGGCAGUUUUCGAACAGUGGUUCUUUAUUUGCUCAUAAACGAGAACAUACGGGAGAAAAGGCUUUUCUGUGUCACAUUUGUAGUAAACCGUUUUCGAGUGGGACUGUUUUAAAAAUGCAUAUGAGGAUGCACACUGGCGAAAAGCCGUAUUCAUGCGAAAUUUGUAAAAAGCAGUUUGCGUAUUCUAACAGUCUAACAAUACACAAACGGAUGCAUACAGGGGAAAGGCCAUAUUCGUGUGAGUUUUGUGAGAAACGGUUUAAGACUUCGGGUUAUUUAGGCAUACAUAGACGGAUCCAUACUGGCGAAAGACCGUAUAUGUGCGAGAUAUGUUAUCGGGAGUUUUCGGAUUCUGGACACUUUUUGGAACAUAAACGGACCCAUACCGGCGAAAAGCCUUACUCGUGCAACGUAUGUGGAAAGCAGUUUAGGCGCUCAGAGCAUUUGCGUAUGCAUGAGCGAAUUCACACUGGCGAGAAGCCUUACUUUUGCGAGACUUGCGACAAACGAUUUGCGCAUUCGCAAAGUUUGCAUAAGCAUAAACAAACUCACAAAGAAAAAUCGUAUUUGUGCAAAAUAUGCAAUGAAAAUUUUUCACAAUUGAGAGACUUUAAAAAACAUAAAAGGAUUCACAAGAAGCGUGAUUUUACGUGUGAAAUAUGUUACAAAUCUUUUACCCGUUUGCUCCAUCUGGAGACGCAUAAACGUAUUCAUACUGGCGAGAAGCCUUAUACAUGCAAAAUUUGUGACAAACAGUUUUCCCAAAAAGGUCACUUGAAUGUGCACUCUCAAAUUCAUAGUGACAAAAGGCCGUACGCUUGUGAGAUAUGUAAUAUGCGGUUCAAAGAUUACGGUUACUUGCUCAAACACAAACGAAUCCACACUGGCAUAAAGCCCUAUUCUUGUGAAAUUUGCGGAAAAAAGUUUUUGGAGAAAAGCGGUCUGAUCAGUCAUAACAGAAUACACAGUGGUGAAAAGCCGUAUACGUGCUACAUAUGCAAGAAAUCAUUUGCACAUGCACAUACCUUAACUAUGCACAGAAGACUUCAUACCGGCGAAAUGCCUUAUACGUGCAAAGUUUGUAAAAAGCAGUUUUUAUGUUCGUCUGCUUUGUCUUCUCAUGAACGGACUCACACUGGUGAGAAACCAUAUUCGUGCCAAGAUUGUGGCAAACGUUUUGCGCACUCAUCAGCGCUUGUUAUACAUAUUAGACGAACUCAUACUGGCGAAAAGCCCUACUUUUGUGAAGAUUGCAGCAAAAGCUUUGUGGAUGCAAGUAGUUUGGGUAAACAUAGACGCGUCUGUACGGGUAAAAAUUCGUAAAAAAAUUGUUAUGUGAACUUUAUAAAAAAAUGGUCGCAGUCGAGAUUUACAUACAUAAAACAGAUAGCAUUUAUUACAAUGAAAUAAAGUAGACAAGCAAAUAUUGGUUUUGGUUGGGAAUGCUAUCUAAUACGUGUAUGUGUAUACUCAACUUGAAAAACAUAUAAAAGCGAAAAGUAAAAUUACACUAAGCGCCACUUGCACCAUCCCACCAAC